AUGGAUCUAACGGGCCUUGAUUACGAUGACGAGGCUGCUAAUUUCGUCCACGAACACCCACUCGUGCCUGAUCCAUCCCGAGGACGACCUCUUACACCAGAAGAGGCCAAUGAAGCAAAGCGCCUCAAACUGUCUCAAGACAACAGGGGAGGCACAAUCGAUGAGCAAGAGUCCAACUCUGGCCACGCAAUCAUUCACCCUGGCCAAAACAUCAACCAUAUCCUGCCCAAGCAUCCAGUCAUCCCUAACAAUCCCCUUCUACCCGCCACUCCCCUUUCGUCCAUAGUCCAGUCCACCGACGUUCCUCAUCUUCAAGCAACAAUCGCCUCCCAAAUCGCAGCAGAUACGGUCCGCAACGAUCAACUCCAAGCUCAGAACUCUGAAAUCGAAUCACUUUCCGCACAGCUCGACAUCCUACACACCUUGAACGUAAGCCAAAGCCAAGAGAUCAAAAGACUCCAAGAAGACAUCCACGUCCUCGAACUAGAGGAAACCACCUACGUCACCGAACUACACAAAAGACUGGAUGAGCGUGACAAACUAUCCGCAAAACGAUCCACCGAUCUCGCAAACACAAAACGCGAACUCGCCGAUCUCGAAGAAAACCACCAACUCCUCCUCGAAGAAAAAACCACCUGGAGUGCAAAAGUUUACACACUGCAAACCCGUCUCGAACGCAUAAAAACCACAAACCGACACCUCCGCAAGCUAAAAAACGUCAAACUGAUCGAAGACCUCCACGGCACAAAAAUGCAAAUGUACGGAUUACUAAAAGACAGAGAAGUGUUUUACAAAGAGCAGAUUCAGAGAUUGGAGGAUGAAUGUGAUGAUUGGCAGGAAAAGGCCAUAAGGUUGAGGAAUCAGAGAAAUUUGGCAGAGUGGAAGAUUGAUGAGGGGUGGAGUCGUGAACAGCCGCCAGAGUAUGAGGAGGAUUAUUGGAGUGAUGAGGAGGGGGAUGAGGGGUGGAAGGAGAAGUCGAAGGAGUUGAUGAGGAAGUGGAUAAGAAUAAGGUCUUCCUAUCUGGGCACUGCUACUACCGGGAGGAUCAUCUCGGGUUUCAAAGCAGUGGGCAGGUGGAUGAACAUCAAGGAGAAGGAACCAGUAAGAGGAUGGAAAGAGAGAGCGAGGGACGCACUAAGGGAAGUCAUGGCGGACGUGACUGCCAAAACCAUCAUCCCAGGUUCCGCCGCGUCGCAAAGCAGUAAUUCUUUCCCAUCAAAACAACUCUCCACUGGAAGUCCGUGA